AUGUCUCGCUUUGUUCGUGCCUCAAAGUAUCGCCACGUCUUUGGCCAAACCGGAAAGAAAGAGUUUUCGAUCGAUAAUACAAAGGUUUCUAAUCAAGCUUGGGAUACGAACCUUAUAGCAGCCUCCGGGCAAUAUAUCUCGCUCAACUGGGCAUCUGCUGGUGGUGGUGCCUUUGCUAUCUUGCCACUACCAUCACCAUGGAGUAGCUCUCAAGUCUCGGGAAAGCUGCCAGAUGUGAUCCCACUCGCCAGAGGGCAUCAAGCUCCCGUGCUGGACACGGCCUGGAACCCAUUCAACGACUCUGUGGUUGCAUCAGGAGGAGAAGACGGAAAUAUUCUCGUGUGGAAGGUCGAGGAGAGCGAAUUUGAGGGAUGGGGCUCGGAACACUGGCGACCAGUCGACUUUGAUCCGGUUCAGAGGUUUGAUGCAUCCCCUCGCAAGGUUGGACAGAUCCUCUUCCACCCUACUGCGUCUCACGUUCUCGCGUCUGCCACUGGAGACCAUGUUGUCAAACUUUGGGACCUCGGAAACGUAGAUAACGGACCCCGCUCCACACUUGUUGGACAUGCAGACACUAUCCAAUCUCUUGACUGGAACCCAACGGGUACCCUCCUUGUGACGACGUGCCGCGACCGCAAGAUUCGAAUAUUCGAUCCAAGGACCGGUGGAGAAGCAGUCAGAAUAACGGAUGGGCAUGCAGGUGUCAAGGGCGCGCGUGUUGCUUGGAUGGGUGAUACAGGACGAAUCGCCACCACUGGCUUUAGCAGAAUGAGCGAUCGACAACUGAGCAUUUGGGAUUCUGGGGCACUAUCCAACACAAAGACCUUGUCCAUUGACCAGAGUGCUGGUGUGGUUAUGCCAUUCUGGAGCGAUAACGGUAUUUUGUUCCUGGCUGGAAAAGGUGAUGGGAACGUACGCUACUACGAGUUUGAGGGUGAUGCUGUGUACCCGUUGUCCGAGUACAAGAGCUCUGAACCUCAGCGCGGAAUGUGUUUCCUCCCAAGACGUGCCCUCAAUGUUUCCGAAUGCGAAAUAGCACGAGCAUACAAAGUCACUACGUCGGCUUCUCUUGGAACCAUUGAACCCAUCGCAUUCGUCGUCCCCCGCAAAGCCGACUCUUUCCAAGCUGACAUCUUCCCACCAGCGCCCAGUAUCGAGCCAAGUCUAGAUGCCGGAGAGUUUUUCACGACAAGAGGGGAUAUCACACGGCGCGUCGUCGACUUGAGCUCGGGUGCGACCUCUGCCUUAUCGGGCCCUCUCACUCUUGUCCCGCCUAGUGCCUCUUAUUCGGCUUCACAACCACCGAGCUCUAUCAGCCCAGGAACCUCUGCCACCUCAGCAGCACCAAAGGCCGUACCACCAACCUUGGCCUCUUCAACCGUCUCUUCUACCUUUACGGCCAGUGUUCAACCACCCUCUGCCGGCCUAGGACAGGCAACCUUUUCAAGCUCCUUUAAACCCGCACCAACCCAGGAAUAUAGUGCUGAGAAUGACCUCGCUGCCCUCGCCGAUGAAAACGCUCGACUCAACGGAGAGCUACGAGAGGCGCGUAGUCAGAUUCGAAGCUUGGAACUUCAAUUGGAAGCGAUGCGAGCAAAUGCCCAGCGCGCCGCAAAGGUCUUAUUAGACGGCUGA